UAUAAGCCACCCAAAUUCCAAAGUUGAUUAUUGGAAUCAAUCACCAAAUCUAGGAAGUGAUGAUUUUAGCAUUUAAAUGAACGAAUGGAAUUGCGUGUUUUCCUCUUUUCAAUUCCAUCGCAAACCGUGUUUCCCUCUGAUCUUUUGGAGCCACAAAUGAACGAAACCAGACCCCUCAUUAAAGAAGGAAUGAUGAGCUGAAAACUGAAGAACACUCUUUUGAACCAUUGUUUCCUCCACCCACUUCCCCUUUCUUCCCUCCUUUUUCUGUUUGUUCUUCCUUCGCUGGGACACAUCCACAAACGGUGAAGGUUUUGCAAACAUGAGUGGUAAAUCCUCCGUCUCCAAGGAACUCCAUGCCAAGCACACAAAGAUAUUAGAGGGACUUGUUAAGCUACCCGACAACAGGGAAUGUGCAGAUUGCGGAACAAAGGCACCGCGAUGGGCAAGUGUGAACUUAGGAAUAUUCAUUUGCAUGCAAUGUUCAGGAAUUCAUCGGAGUCUUGGAGUACAUAUAUCACAGGUGCGAUCCACAACUUUGGAUACCUGGUUGCCAGAUCAAGUUUCUUUUAUGCAAUUAAUGGGUAAUGCGAGGUCAAAUAAGCACUGGGAGGCAGAGUUACCGCCAAAUUUUGACAGAAAUGGAUAUGGAAUCGAGAGAUUUAUUCGUUCGAAGUAUGUGGAGAAAAGAUGGGCUUCAAAGGGUGAACUACAACCAGCUUCAAAGUCAGCUGAAAUAAUCUUUAACCGGAAUGAGUCACCAGCUACUGGGUCCAAGAGUGGUAUUCAGAAGAAUAGGAGAUUGUCUCUUGAGGAAAGCAUUCUUGUGAAACAUAUGAACCAUAUUCCGCUUCCGACAACAAGAUCUCCGACACCAAGAUCUCAGGAGCGGUCCCCUGAUAUGCAAAAUAAGCUUUCACCUGUACCAUUAAGGAGGCCAUCUGCAUCAUAUGAUUUUGACAACUCCAGGAUGAAGAACAAUGGUACUGUUGACCAUUUUGGCUUGUUUUCCCCCCCUAAUGCUAAACAGGAAUUCUCAACUACACCUCCUAGCUGGAUAACGUUCGAUUGAGAAGGCUUAUGAGGUAUGUUUGUAGAUUGUUGAGCUAGCUCUUUGUGUAGAUGCCACAGCAUUGUAGGUGAAGAAGGUCUUGUAAUGUUGCAUGAACUUUGAGCUGCAUUGAUCUGGUUUGAUAACAACGUUUGCAAUCAACACACUGCAGCAGGAUAUAAAUUUUGUGCACAUUUGCACUACUUUGGUGUUGAUGUAUCACAGCCUAUGGUCGUUCAUAAAAUGGUUUGAUCAGUACUGUAGCUUCUAUCACUUUUUCCUUCUUACAGCCAUUGGUUGAUAUUAAGAAAAGAUCAAAGGAAGUAAAUACUAAAUAGCAGUUCUUUUCUUAUCAGUGUCAGUUCAAGAGUCUGUGACUGGUGAUGUUGUCAUAUGCCCCAGCCUAAGUUUGAUCUUUUCUAGUGCAACCUUUUCUUUUAUUCAUCAGUGAAAUACAUAGCAAUCUUAACCUUCUU